AUGACGGAACGCCCUUCGGGACUGGGCAGAAGCCCAACUGCGCCCCCUAUCAUGGCAAAUGGACACUUCGCUGCGGUCGGCGACCAAAGCGACCCCGCCGCCUACGAGCAUGGCGUGCAGGUCAUCGACGAGAAUAAGGAGUUCAAUCCGAACUUGUCCAAGUACCUGUCCCUCGAAGAUGUCACGCCAGCUGGCUUCAACUACCACCUCAUCUCCGUGUUCGGUUCGCAGUCGACGGGCAAGUCCACUCUGCUCAACCACCUCUUCGGCACCCAGUUCUCGGUCAUGUCGGAGCGGGAAAGACGGCAAACCACCAAGGGUAUUUGGCUGUCGAAGAACAAGAAGCAAGCCGAAAAUAGCGAGGCCGACGGAUCGCGCAUGGCAGAUAAUAUCCUGGUUAUGGAUGUGGAGGGUACGGACGGCCGCGAGCGAGGCGAGGACCAGGACUUUGAGCGCAAAAGCGCACUCUUUGCUCUUGCGACGAGUGAGGUGCUCAUUGUUAACAUCUGGGAGCACCAAGUGGGAUUGUACCAGGGAGCGAACAUGGGCUUGUUAAAGACCGUGUUCGAGGUGAACCUGCAGCUAUUCCUCAAGGACAAGCACACCACCCACCGAUCUCUCUUGUUCUUCGUCAUCCGCGACUUCGUCGGUACCACCCCGCUCAAGAACCUUCAGAACACAUUAUUGGAAGACUUGUCUCGCCUCUGGGCAUCGAUAUCGAAACCGGCAGGGUUGGAGAACUCGACCAUCCACGAUUACUUCGACUUCCAAUUCUACGGGCUUCCGCACAAAGCAUAUCAACCAGACCAGUUCGUGGCAGAAUCGAACAAGCUGGGUCUGCGUUUCCGGGAUGGCCACCGAGACCCGAAGAGGGAUGCGCUCAAGGGCGAGUUCUCCGAAGGAGGAGUGUUCUUGCCUGAAUACCAUCGACGAAUUCCGGCGGACGGGUUUUCUCACUACGCCGAAGGUAUCUGGGACCAAAUCGUCAACAAUAAAGACUUGGACUUGCCCACCCAGCAGGAGUUGCUUGCCCAGUUCCGCUGUGAUGAGAUUUUGCGGGAGGUGAUGAUUGGCUUUGAUGAGGCGAUCACCGCAUUUGAGGAUAAACAGACCGAAGCGGUACGCCUGGGAGCUCCGGAAGUGCUGGGAGGGCUGGGCGUCGCUAUGCGGGCUGCGCGCUCUAAAGCGCUCAAGAACUUUGAGACAGAAGCCAGUCGGUACCAUAAAGGCGUGUAUCAGCGAAAGCGGGCCGAGCUCGAGGGCAAAACCGACACUCGUCUGAAGGCGCUUUUCCAUGGUCAGCUUUCGGCGGCACACAAGUCUGGCAUCCGUGAUUUCAGUGAUUCAGUCUCGGCCGCCGUCAAGACUGGCCAGAAGAAAGGUGGGAACUAUGACUUUGCCGAGAUUGUCAACCACGAGACAAAGACUUCGCUGGAGAAGUUUGACGAGGUUGCCCGCUCUACCGUGGUUGAGGGCACUUCUUGGAGUGACUAUAAGCAGGAGUUGGCUCUAUAUGAAAAAGAACUGGCUGAGGUCAGUGCUCGACUGCGGCGGGAUGAAAUGAGGCGGCUGGCGAGCCGUGUCGAGCGGUGGGUGCAAUCUCGCUUGGGCGAGUCGGUGGGACUCGAGUUCAAUGCACUUGGAUCUGGACGAGCUGGCGGCGGUGCUCCAGAGAACGGAGAGAAGCCCUCCGAGAAAACAUUCUGGGAUCGGGUGUGGAACCUGUUCGUGGAGACUGUUCUUGAUGCAGAGCGGAGGUUCACGGACCGUGCCAGCAGCUUUGACGCCAGCCUGGAAGAGGUUGAUGUCGGAUUGUGGCGUCUGCGUCGCAAGUCCUGGGGUGUUUUGCGCGCCAAGAUCGAGGAAGAGAUGACCGAGGGCAACUUACUCCUCAAGCUGCGUGAGAACUUUGAGGACAAGUUCCGCUAUGAUGAAGAAGGCGUGCCCCGGAUUUGGCGCCCUACGGAUGAUAUUGAAGGCAUUUACACGCGUGCUCGGGAGUCCACCUUGACGCUGAUCCCUCUUCUGUCUCGCUUCCGUCUAGCUGAGACCUCGGCCCCGCCGCCACUUGACCGGUGGGUGGGACACACCCCGAGCUCUGCAACGCCCGCGGACGAAGAGGACCUGCCGCCCAUCGGUGGCGUGGAUGAGGACGAAGGCAAGAGCCUGGAAGAGGAGAUGACGAUACUCGGCGAUGCGAAACGCCAGGAUCUCACCGUGCGGUUUAAGAAAGCCGCCGACGGCGUUUACGUCGAGGCUAAGCGCAGCGCCAUCGGUGGCAUGACUCAGGUUCCGUUGUAUUUCUACGGGUUGCUGGUGGCGUUGGGCUGGAACGAAAUUAUUGCCGUUCUCCGCAACCCGGCCUACUUCUUCUUGUUGUUCGUGUGUGCCGUCGGCGCCUAUAUCACCUACCAGCUCAACCUGUGGGGUCCCAUCUUGAAGAUGACCGAGGCAGCAUCUCAGCAGGCCCUUGAGGAAGGCAAACGCCGUCUACGCGAAUUCCUCGAGUCUUCUGACACAGGUCGACAGGCAAUUGCCAUGUCAGCGUCAGACCGAGCUGGUCGUAAAGACGAGUACGAGAUGUCUGACAUGCAAAAGCGUGGCGACAAGGCCAACGACGAUCUGGAUGACCUGUAG